GUCCUCAUGGUGACAUGGAUGACGGUGCGUGAGCGAGCCAAAAGAGAGGACGGGAGGGAGAGGGAUAAUACCUUGUGAAUGCAUGAAUGUAGUGCUUGGGCUUAAAGUGACUUGAGGGCGAGUGGCACACGGGAACAGGGAGAGCGCAUGUGUCAUCAAGCCGGUCAACUCGCCCCCGUUGACUCCCGCUGCCCCUCAAUUGUCCUGCUGAACAGCAUCAAGCAAGUCCGAGGGGAUACAAAGCCGUUCUUUAGGACUGAGACGUGUGCCACGGAAAGAAGAUGCUCAACAACAUGACAACGGAUGGCGAGGAAGGAGAGGGGAGUCCUAACAACCAGGGUGAUGGAAACCCCAAGGAGAGCAGUCCUUUCAUUAACAGCAUUGCCUCUUGUGAUGUGGAGAAGAGCCAGCAGUACGACGGCAAGAACAUGGCCCUCUUUGAGGAGGAGAUGGACACCAGUCCGAUGGUGUCCUCGUUGCUCAGCAGCCUCGCCAACUACUCCAACUUGCCAACGGGGAGCAAAGAGCAUGAGGAGGCAGAGAACAACGAGGAAGGCGCACGUCCGUCCAAAAAAACUGUCAAGGCGCCACAACUGGGAACUCUGAUGGGUGUUUACCUGCCAUGUAUUCAGAAUAUUUUUGGUGUGAUCCUCUUCUUGCGAAUGACCUGGAUGGUCGGGAUUGGAGGCGUGCUCGGUUCCUUCAUCAUCGUCUUCAUGUGUUGCUCCACAACGAUGCUCACGGCCAUCUCCAUGAGCGCCAUUGCUACAAACGGAGUGGUCCCGGCUGGAGGUUCCUAUUACAUGAUCUCCCGCUCACUUGGGCCUGAGUUUGGUGGAGCUGUUGGGAUUUGUUUCUACUUGGGCACCACGUUUGCCGGUGCCAUGUACAUCCUCGGUUGUAUCGAAAUCUUGCUGAUUUAUAUUAUUCCUCAAGCAGCCAUCUUCAAGAUCGAAGGUCUGGAAGGUCUGGAAGCAGAGGCGGCCCUCCUCAAUAAUAUGCGGGUGUACGGCACCAUUGUUCUAAGCCUCAUGGCUCUGGUGGUGUUUGUGGGGGUGAAGUAUGUCAACAAACUGGCGCUGGUCUUCCUGGCUUGUGUCAUCCUCUCCAUCGUGGCUGUCUACGCAGGAGUCAUCAAGACCGCCAUCGACCCGCCGGUCUUCCCGGUUUGCCUCCUGGGAAAUCGCACUCUUGUCUCCAAGGGAUACGACGUCUGCGCAAAGGUGAUUGAAAUCGACAACGAGACGGUCACCACCAAACUGUGGCGCUCUUUCUGCGAUUCCGAGAACAUCAACGCUACUUGCGACGACUACUUCAACGACAAUAACGUCACAGAGAUACAAGGCAUUCCGGGGGUCACCAGUGGGAUCCUGGCAGAAAACCUGUUUGGUAAUUAUUUGGAAAAAGGGAUGAUCGUAGAGAAGAGAGGCUUGGCAUCCCAAGUGGACCCUGACAGUUCUGCUUCCGCCACGAACCGCUUUGUGCUGGCGGACAUCACCAGUUUCUUCACACUCUUGGUGGGAAUUUACUUUCCAUCUGUCACAGGUAUCAUGGCCGGUUCCAACCGCUCUGGAGACCUACGUGAUGCUCAGAAGUCCAUCCCCAUCGGCACCAUUGCGGCCAUCACCACCACAUCUACUGUUUAUAUUUCCUGUGUGGUGCUCUUUGGUGCUUGUAUAGAAGGUGUGGUCCUGAGGGACAAGUUUGGCGAAGGAGUCAACGGGAACCUGGUGAUUGGGACUCUGGCAUGGCCGUCUCCUUGGGUUAUUGUUUUUGGAUCCUUUUUCUCCACCUGCGGAGCCGGACUACAGAGUCUGACCGGAGCGCCACGCCUCCUCCAGGCUAUCUCCAGAGACGGUAUCAUCCCAUUUCUUCGAGUGUUUGGACACGGUAAAGCCAACGGGGAGCCCACCUGGGCCCUCCUUCUCACGGCUAGCAUUUGUGAGAUCGGCAUCAUCAUCGCCUCUCUGGAUGCCGUCGCACCCAUCCUCUCGAUGUUCUUCUUGAUGUGCUACAUGUUUGUUAACCUUGCCUGCGCGCUGCAAACUUUACUGAGGACACCCAAUUGGAGGCCGCGUUUUAAGUUCUACCACUGGGCUCUGUCGUUCCUGGGUAUGAGUUUGUGCCUAGCGCUUAUGUUCAUCUGUUCCUGGUAUUAUGCCAUGGUUGCCAUGGGAAUUGCCACCUGCAUCUACAAAUACAUUGAAUUUUGUGGCGCCGAGAAAGAGUGGGGCGACGGGAUACGCGGCAUCUCUCUAAGCGCUGCUCGAUUCGCUCUCAUGAGGUUGGAAGAAGGUCCACCACAUACCAAGAACUGGAGGCCUCAGAUCCUGGUCCUCGUCAGCAUGGACGCCGAGCAGAAUGUCGAGCAGCCUCGUCUGAUCUCGUUAACCAAUCAGCUGAAGGCGGGGAAGGGCCUGACUAUCGUUGGCACCUCGGUCCAAGGAAAGUUCCUUGACAACUAUACAGAGGCCCAAAGGGCAGACCAGUCUUUACGCAAGCUGAUGGAGACAGAGAAGGUGAAGGGCUUCCCCCAAGUGGUGGUGUCCUCCAAUCUGAGGGAUGGGACCUCCCACCUGAUCCAGGUUGGAGGACUUGGAGGCUUGAAGCACAACACUGUGAUGGUCAGCUGGCCACGUAACUGGAAACAACCCGAGUUCCAACAACAAUUCCGAGAUUUCAUUGAGGUGGUCCGGGAGACCACAGUAGCCAGCUUGGCCUUGUUGGUUCCCAAAAAUAUCUCCAGCUACCCGUCCAACGGCGAGCGCUUCACCGAAGGCCACAUCGAUGUGUGGUGGAUCGUCCACGACGGAGGAAUGUUGAUGCUUCUGCCCUUCCUGCUGCGUCAGCAUAAGGUGUGGAGGAAGUGCAAGAUGCGCAUUUUCACCGUGGCUCAAUUGGAUGACAACAGUAUUCAGAUGAAAAAGGACGUUCUGACGUUCCUCUAUCACCUGCGUAUUGAUGCUCAGGUGGAAGUGGUGGAGAUGCACGACGGCGACAUCUCAGCCUACACGUAUGAAAAGACACUGGUGAUGGAACAGCGUUCCCAGAUCCUCAAGCAGAUGCAUCUGACCAAGAAUGAGAUGGAGCGAGAGAUCCAGAGUAUCACAGAUUCGUCUCGCGGGUCCAUCCGGCGUAAAAAAUCCUUGGCCUCGCGUUCGCAACACAGCACUGACGAAGGAGCCAGAGUGGCCGAACAUCCGGAAGAGGAGCAGGCGCAACUCAUCCACAGUAAGAACGCCUCGACACCGGCCAGCCCCACCAGCCUGACUGCCCCUGCCGGAAGCACCUGGACCGACAAUAAGGGCAAGAAUCCGGAGGCGGGCAAAGACCCAUUCAGCAUGAAACCGGAAUGGGAAAACUUGAACCAGACGGACGUGAGGCGCAUGCACACAGCGUUGCGACUCAACGAGGUCAUCACAAAGAAGUCCAAGGAGGCAAAGCUCAUUCUGCUCAACAUGCCCGGGCCCCCGAAAAACCGUAGCAACCAAACCAAGCCCAUGGACAACGCAUUAUACAAGGAUUAUCCUUUUUUCGCCGACAUACAGGUGAUGAUAUUCCUGGGCUUCGGAUGCCUGCUGGCCUUUUUCCGACUUUAUGGAUUCGGCGGGAUGGUUUUCAACUUUCUGGUGGCUACGUUUUCCAUCCAAUGGGCCAUUCUGGUGCAGGGCUACUUCCAGUUCAGCCACGACGGGAAGAUCCAACUUGGCGUGAUCAACCUCAUCAAUGCGGAGUUUGCCUGCGCGGUGGUACUCAUCUCCUUCGGGGCAGUUUUGGGGAAGACCAGCCCGCUGCAGCUGCUGGUCAUGGCUCUGCUGGAGGUGCCGGUAUUUGCCGUCACCGAAUGGGCGGUGCUAAAGUAUCUGAAGAUAAACGACGCUGGGGGCUCCAUCCUGAUUCAUCUCUUUGCUUGUUAUUUUGGCUUGGGGGUCACCUUUGUGCUGUACAGACCACGCCUCAACGAAGGUCACGCCAAGGAGAACACCAGCUAUCAGUCGGACAUCUUGUCUCUGAUGGGCACCUUGUUCCUCUGGGUCUUCUGGCCCUCGUUCAACUCGGCGUUGACCCCGAAAGGCGACGACCAGCACAGGGCCGUCCUCCACACCUUCAUCGGCCUCUGUUCCUCCACCAUCACGGCCUUUGCGCUCUCUGCGCUCCUCAACAAAAAGGGGAAACUCAGCAUGGCCGACAUCCAGAACGUGACCUUGGCCGGAGGGGUGACAGUCGGGGCGUCCGUCGAUAUGAUGAUUUCGCCCGCAGGAGCGUACGUCCUGGGAAUGCUGGGUAGCAUCGCGUGCAUGCUAGGCUACAAGUACCUGAGCCCCCUCUUGGCACGACGCUUCCGAAUCCAGGACCAAUGUGGAAUUCAUAAUUUACACGGUCUAACGGGACUCAUAUCUUGCGCCGCUGGUAUUUUUGCAAUAAUGAUGGCGAGCGAGGAAGUCUACGGGCCGAGUUUGUAUGACACUUUUAAGCACAGAGCCCCAAAGGAGGGGGACCCCAAGUUGCUUGAGCUCCAGGCAUUAAUUCCUGGUCUGCAGCCAGGUUUGGGUCGCAGCGCUCAGGAACAGGCUCUCUUCCAGGUGGCAGCCAUCUUCUCCACUGUAGCAGCGGCAGCCAUCGGAGGCAUAAUCACAGGCCUAGUCUUGAAAAUUCCUUACCUCAGCUCACCUUCGGAUGAUUUAUGUUUUGAUGACAGAGUAUAUUUUGAUGUGCCGCUUUACUGUUACUCACCACUUAAACUCAGUAAAGACACAGAUAAAGAGGAAACUGUUGCCUAACAUGCAGUACUGUUAUUGUGGAAAUAAUGAUAAAGAAUUUGUAAGUGUGCAAAAAAAAUAAUGUUAGGGCAUGAA